AUGAUUGAGCUAAAGAGGAAGAAGAGCUGCGAUGGAAGGAGCCGUUCCAAUGUAACAAGAGUACAUUUCACUCAGGUGUUGCUGAAUGUGAUGCGUCGGGAUGACGGUAUGCGCGAGUUACUGAUACCGAAACAGCACGCUGUUAAUGAUGCCGAACGCGAAUUCGUGUUAUGUCUGCUAGCCGAACGCAUAGCAGCCUUUUUUAAUUUUAUUAUUAUGGAAGAGCCGUUGGGGAAUAUUCACGAAUUGAAGCACUCUUGCUAUGAAUUAGGUCAGCAACACGCAGCCUAUAGCAAGGAACCUUUCAAGCUGACCUAUUGGGACGCGUUUUGUCUAGCUUUGCUUGAAGAACUCGAAAAUCGCGGCGGAACACCGCGAGACGAAUUGCGUGCUUGGCAGGCACUUCUUCACAUCAUCAAUGAAAGUAUGUUGGCUGGCUAUUUGCACGCGAAAAGUGGAAGCAGAGACUAG